UUAGGCUGGCCAGGCGAACCGGGAAGGAGGAGGAGCGGGCGGGCAGUGCGCCCUCUGGGGCGUGGGCCGCGCUCUGGGCUGCCCUACCCUCGGGUCCGAGCCCCAGCGCUCAGGGUUGCAGUGACGUGGGCGCAGCCAGCCGGGAUUUCGCACCCCACUACCGCGCGGCGCCUCGGCGGGUCCGGGCCGGGGGCGCGGUCGGUGCCGGACGGGGCCCAGGUUGGCUCGGGGGUGGGCGGGCGUUGCCCCCCGGCCCCGCCCCCCACAUCCGGGGGCCGGGCCGGGCAGGGCUCUGGGCUCGCAGCGCGCGGUUGAGUCAGGCCGGGUUUUCCCUCCGCCUUUGGGGCAGGCGGGCGAGCGAGCGCCGCGGAGCGCGUCCCUCCCUCGCCAAUCCGGCUCCGGCGUCCGCCCGCCCGCGUUUUCCCGGCGCCUGCCGCCCUGCCGCUCCGACCUGGCUCGCAGUCGCGGCUAGAGCCAGCGUUUUGCAGAAGGGUUCAAAUCCGCGCGGGGGAGCUGCGACGCGUGGGGGCUGCGGAGCCACGGGCCGGCGAGCGCGUCGCCAGCAUGCAGCUGCCUGUGCCCUGUUGAAACUUCAUGGCCACAGCCCCAGGCCCUGCUGGCAUUGCCAUGGGCAGCGUGGGCAGCCUGUUGGAACGGCAGGACUUCUCCCCUGAAGAGCUGCGGGCAGCACUUGCUGGGUCCCGGGGCUCCCGCCAGCCUGAUGGCCUCCUCCGGAAGGGCUUGGGCCAGCGUGAGCUCUUCAGCUAUCUGCACCUCCCCAAGAAGGACGGCAAGAGCGCCAAGCGGGCCCCUCGGAACGAGCCUGCCGACUAUGCCACCCUCUACUACCGGGAACAUCCUCGGGGGGGUGACUUCAGCAAGACUUCGCUGCCGGAGCGGGGUCGCUUUGACAAGUGCCGCAUCCGCCCCUCCGUGUUCAAGCCUUCGGCGGGCAAUGGGAAAGGCUUCCUGUCCAUGCAGAGCCUGGCGGCCCACAAAGGCCAGAAGCUGUGGCGAAGCAAUGGCAGCCUGCACACGCUGGCCUGCCACCCGCCCCUGAGCCCCGGCCCCCAUGCCAGCCAGGCCCGGGCACAGCUGCUGCAUGCCCUCAGCCUAGACGAGGGCGGCCCGGAGCCCGAGCCCAGCCUGUCUGACUCCUCCAGCGGGGGUAGUUUCGGCUGCAGUCCUGGUACUGGCCCUAGCCCCUUCAGCUCCUCCCUUGGCCACAUUAACCACCUUGGGGGCUCCCUGGACCGGGCCUCUCGAGGACCCAAGGAGGCUGGGCCACCAGCUGUGCUGAGCUGCCUGCCCGAGCCACCACCCCCCUACGAGUUCUCCUGCCCCUCUGCUGAGGAGAUGGGAGCCAUGCUGCCUAAGACCUGUGAGGAGCUCAAGAGGGGACUUGGUGAUGAGGUCGACUCCAACCCCUUCACGCAGGUGUUGGAGGAGCGCCAGCGGCUGUGGCUGGCUGAGCUGAAGCGCCUGUAUGUGGAGCGGCUGCAUGAGGUGACCCAGAAGGCUGAGCGCAGCGAGCGCAACCUCCAGCUGCAGCUGUUCAUGGCUCAGCAGGAGCAGCGGCGCCUGCGAAAGGAGCUGCGGGCUCAGCAGGGCCUGGCUCCAGAGCCUCGGGCCCCUGGCACCCUCCCAGAGGCCGACCCCAGUGCACGACCAGAGGAGGAAGCCCGAUGGGAGGUGUGCCAGAAGACAGCAGAGAUUAGCCUCUUGAAGCAGCAGCUGCGGGAAGCCCAGGCAGAACUGGCCCAGAAGCUGGCCGAGAUCUUCAGUCUGAAGACGCAACUUCGGGGCAGCCGUGCACAAGCCCAGGCUCAGGACGCAGAGCUGGCCCGGCUUCGAGAGGCUGUGCGCAGCUUGCAGGAGCAGGCCCCUCGGGAGGAGGCUCCAGGCAGCUGUGAGACUGAUGACUGCAAGAGCAGAGGCCUGCUGGGGGAGGUGGGAGGCAGCGAGGCCAGGGAUGAUGCUGAGCAGCUGCGGGCUGAGCUGCUGCAGGAGCGACUUCGGGGCCAGGAGCAGGCACUGCGCUUUGAGCAGGAGCGGCGGACUUGGCAGGAGGAGAAGGAGCGUGUGCUGCGCUACCAGCGGGAGAUCCAGGGGGGCUACAUGGAUAUGUACCGCCGCAACCAGGCACUGGAGCAGGAACUUCGGGCACUGCGGGAGCCCCCUACACCCUGGAGUCCCCGGCUUGAGUCCUCUAAGAUCUGAGUCCUGCAGAGCGAGCUGACAGCAGAAACACUGUCAGAAGGUGCCCUGAGAUGGCUGGCUCAGCCCUCCCUUACACUGGUUGGGGUGGAACCUGCAGAGGCCAGCCCAGGGCUGGGGAGUCGCAAGGAGAGGAGGGAUCUGGUGGGGCCAUGGGCUGGGUAGAAUGCCUCAGCAGGAGCCAGGACAAGGCCCUCCUGGCAGAGGAGCACCUAGGCAGGGCCCAGCCCUGCUCCCUGGAGUGGGUGUGGCCCAGAGAAGGAGGCUGGGGGAUCAAGAGCCCCAAGGUCCUGAAGGGCAGGUGAGAGGGAGGGAGGCUGGAGACUGGACUGGGGCCUUCCUCCGUGGAAGGAGGCUGGAGUGGGAAUAUUGGCCUCUCCCAGAAUAAAAUAACGUUUUCUACCAGGAAGCCCAGGGAAUAUGCUGAGCCUGUCCCUGGCCUGAGACCAGGGAAUGAUGGAUGGUUGGAAUUAAGGCCGUUCACCUGGGCAGUAGCCCCUCCCAUGGCAAUGAUCAGUGGGAGGGCCUACCCUGUACCUGUCUGCGUGGCUGCUAGGUGUGUGUGUUGGGAGCGGAGGAAUCCUGCUCCUUGCCUCAGCCCCACACAUUUCCUUAGCUGCCGCGUGGGUUGAAAUUCCUUUCUUUAGCACCAGUGCAUUUUUCAGAAGGAACAAUACCAGGGAACACCAAGAAAACAAAGGGCGAGUCAACCAAGGCAUUUUGAGAACUUGAAAUGUUUUCUUGGUGGGAAAUCUGGGCUCCAGGUGCUUGGGGUCAGCCUGACAGCUACUGCUGGAGUAUACACAGGUUCAGGCCCUGCCCCUCCCAGAACCCACCUCCUGUCUCUCUGACUGUAGUGUGCCCCUUCCUCCAUAGGAGUAGGGGACCCUAGGAAUGGAGGGGCCAGGAAGGAUCCUUCCUGGCCCCUCCCUCUGCCCCAUGCUGCACUCCUAGGAAGGUAUAGGAGGAGAGGUGGGAAAGCUUGUGGGUUUCUUGGGAAAGAGCCUUUACCACACAAGGAAUGGGAACGUUUCCCCCAUCAGCUAUAGGGCAUUAUUAAGUAGGGGUGAAAUAUGAUUGGUUUGCAUUCUGGAAAGCUCUCCCAGGAGGAAGCGUUCCACAAACUGCCUUGCCUCUGUCUUACACUGGACUCCAGGACUGUCCAAGCUCCCAGAUCCCUGCUCUCAGCUAAGGCUGGUCUGUAAAACCCACACCUGCCCCUGGCCUCUCAGAGGCCUGGCUUGCCCUCUGGGCCUUUGCUUCUCUGCUGAGUGCCUGGGUCUGGAACACAGGUUUAGUGUAGCUGUGCAAGUGGUGUCUCCCCAUUCCUUUGCGGGGAGGCUCAGCUUCCUUACCCACUCAUCGGUGGCAGUGCAUGCUGACUGUGCACCAGGUGCUGUGUUGGGCCCUGUGAGUGUGGGGGCACAGGGUGAAUUAGAUGAGCCCUGCCCCAGGGGGCCUGCAUGCUGAUGUCAGCUCACCAAUUCCUUCCCUGACAGGGCAACUCAGGGAAUUUUUGAGAAGUUGUCUGCAGAGAGCCCCAGGUCACUCCCUUUGGCUACCCUGGCCAUGCCUGGCAGCCCCUCAGGGCCCACAGGUGGGUCCUGGUUGUGAAAUGGAGUUAGUGUGCAUGGAUGUUGGGGGAGGGGUAUGAAGCAUAAGUUGGGGGACCCUGCCUUUUCAGGACAGAGUGAAGUGUGUACACUGCCUGCUGUGGGGAUGGUGUGUUUAUAGCCUGUAAGUGGCAGGUGUGUGUAAAGAUGUGCUUGUGGGUGGUGGGUGUGUCUGAGGGGGUGUGUUUGGGAGCCCAGCCUCCAAAAGCCAGCUUCUGGGUUGGAGACCGUGCAGGCUCCUUCCGAGCCCCACCCGCUGCCCAUUCCUUCCUGUCAGUCCCAGUCUGUCUUGGCACUGGCCAGGCUUGGGUGGAGCCUGUGUCCCAGACAGACCCCUAGGCCUAGCUGAGACCCAUGCAGGCCCACACAUGAGCUGUCUACCUGAGGAGGGAAAGGGGGUGUGCCCAGGUCAGGCAGGCCAAACUCCUACACACCCACUUUACCCAUUCCCAUUUCACAAACUCCUCCACACCCCAAACGGAAAUCUUUGGGACAAUGGUUUCUCCAGAGGGCCCCUCAGAGCCAAGUGCUGACCAGAUGCCUGAUCACACCCUCCAUGGCCAGGGGCUGGUCAGGCCAUGUGCCCUCACACCUGGUGCCAGGGUCCACCUCGGUUUACCAGCUCUGCAGAACAGUUCCCCACCCAGCAAUUAGGGAGCUGGGCUGGCCAGUACAGCUAGUGGGGAGUGGGUGGGCGGUACCAAAACUUGGCAGCUGUGCCAGAAACCAAAGCCAGGCCCAGAUGUAGGGGGAGGCACCAGAGGAACCUGGGGUGUCUUGUAGCCAGAGCCGCAUCCUGUCAACUCAUCCAGGCUGGACAAACCAGUUCCUGGGUCCCCCAGCCGGCUGGGUGGCUCUGGGGCCAGCCGACCACAGGUGUCACUGAUCACAGGUGUCACUGCAGUGGCUACCACCUCAGGGCAGCCCUUCCCACUUGCUGGCAGGGCCUCAGCUCCCCAGCUGCCCUGGUUCAUCUUUGUAGUCCCUCCCCAGCAGGCUUGGCCCAGGCAGCCAGCUCUGCAGAAGGUGGCUGCCUCCUGCUGCUGGGCUCCCUGCCUCUGGGGCCUCCAGUCCUCCACUCAGUGUCAACCCUUCCAGCAGCUCUCUGGACCCCUCGGCCCGUCCCUUGAGGCUUCUGACACACUAGUGGCCUCUGGUCACUUAUAGUGGUGCCUCCUUCCAACCUUGGCAGGCCCUUGUAGCCCUCUGAGAUCUCAUCCUCCAGACAGAGCCCCACGGUGCUCAGAGAAACCUCCCCUGCCUGGGCACUCCCUCCUCCCUGAGCCCACAGCCCCCAUGCAUCGCUCUGACCUCUUUCCGUGCUGCUCUAAUUGUUGGUUUGCCUCCGUCCCCUUCAAGCUGCAGGCAUUGCAAGGGUAGGGCGGUGUCUUCACUGCAGCUCUAGAAGGCACUGGUGGGAUGUGCAGUCAGGAGCAAUCAGAGCUCCCCCUUACUAGAAUGGGCUUGAACUUGCGGUGGGGUGGGUGGGGAAGACACUCUGAAUGUUCAUUCACCGUUCGUGGGUACUGGGUCUGUGUCAAGCACAGGGACUCCAAGGCCAGCUGCCAUUCAUUCCGGUGAUGUAUUCGGGGCCCUUCUCAGAUGAAGAAGCCAAAGUGGUCAAGGCCCUCAGGCCCCUGCCCUGGUGGGGCUUACCUGUGGCUGGGGGAGGGAGACCACACAGGUUGGAGAUAGUAAAGGCCACUCCAAAUAGUGACUGGGGCCAGGCAGGAGGUAAAGAGAACAGAGAAGAAUCCAGAAGUGCUAAGACAGGCCUAGGGACAACAGAGGGGCCCCAUGGUGGUGAGUGGGUCAGCAGAACAUGGAACAGGCAGAGGAAGCCUAUAUGUGGGAGCCCAGGUACAUUUCCCUGAGACUAAGGGGAUAUCGAUGUUAGGGGUUUCUACAAAGAGGGCGCAGGCCCUGCAGUGACAGUUCAAGUAGAGAUAACCCAUCCCCCCGGUGGCUGGGGGCUUAGGCCUCCAUAUUGGAUUCAGAAAGGAAAAAGUGAUGUUUCUCGAAACAAAAACAAAAGUGAUGAUGUCACAAGAGGAGAGGUUGGAGGCCCAUGGGCGUUUCCAGCUGACUCACUCAUCUGUCCCAGGCAUUGGGGUGGCAGGUAAGCUUCCCUGAGGCGGCGAAGGCCAAGGUGGCCUUCGCUAAGAUUUGAGGGAUUUCUCUGGGAGCAGUAGGGGAUGAGGGCAUUCCCAGAUGGACCCGGACUUGGACACAGGGAAAUGUGGGGCAUGUCCCAGGGAGGCGUCCUCUCUGGAAGUGGGUAGGAACCAGCAGACCGUGGACAGCCUAGGAAGCUGCCAAUGCAAGGGCCAGAACCAGUGUGUGCAGUGUGUGUGAUCUGUGCAAUCACGCAGGGCCCCUCAGUCAGAAGGGCCAUGCACUUGGGGUAAUGCUGUGCCAUCACUAUCACAGACUUCUUAAGAAUGUUUGGACAAAUGGUCUCAUGGUUUUAUUUUUCUCUGGGUCUACUUAGAGUUUUGACAAAUGCAGUUAUGUAACCAACCUGACAAUGAAGAAGAAUAGUUUUGUCACCCCCGCAGCAUUCUCCUGUGGCCCUCUAGUCCACCCUGCUGCCCCACCCCAGCCCCUGGCAAUCACUGAUCUGCUUUCACAAAAACUGUAUGGGUAUUUUUCUCUUUCCUUUCUGUGAGCAGUGUUUAAUUCCUUUGCUCUAAUAUGUAAUAUUAGAAUGUUACAAAGUAGCAAGAAGAAUACAACAUUGGUGUAAAAAUAAUCUACACCUUAUGGAAAGAAUGAAGAGCCAGAAAUAGAUUCUAUUCUCUAGAAAAUCUUACACAAUAAAGGACUUUAAAACAAGGGUAAGGAAGGAUUCUGUAACAAGAGGUACUGGGAUAAUUGGAAAAAAAUAAGUCAUACUUUGCAUCACCACUGCAUUUAUUUAUUUAUUUAUUUAUUUAUUUAUAGAUGGAGUUUCGCUCUUUCAAUGGCGCGAUCUCAGCUCACCGCAACCUCCACCUCCUGGGUUCAGGCAAUUCUCCUGCCUCAGCCUCCUGAGUAGCUGGGAUUACAGGCACACGCCACCAUGCCCAGCUAAUUUUUUGCAUUUUUAGUAGAGACGGGAUUUCACCAUGUUGACCAGGAUGGUCUCGAUCUCUUGACCUCAUGAUCCACCCGCCUCAGCCUCCCAAAGUGCUGGGAUUACAGGCUUGAGCCACUGCGCCCAGCCUUAUUUUUAUUUUUAUUAUUUUUUUUGAGACGGACUCUCACUCUGUUGCCCAGGCUGGAGGACGGUGAGAGAGAUCUUGGCUCACUGCAAUCUCCACCUCCUGGGUUCAAGCAAUUCUUCCGCCUCAGCCACCCCAGUAGGUGGGACUAUAGGCAUGUGCCAUCAUGCCCGGCUAAUUUUUUGUAGUUUUAGUAGAGGCAGGGUUUCACCGUAUUAGCCAGGAUGGUCUCGAUCUCCUGACCUCAUGAUCUGCCCACCUUGGCCUCCUAGAGUGUUGAGAUUACAGGCGUGAGCCACCUCGCUCGGCCCUGCAUUUAUUGAGUUAAAUUUUAAAAAUUCUAUCCUAGGAAAUUGGUGUUGGUGCUCAGAAAAUGAUACCUCUAAGUACGGAGCUGUGGCAGGCUGAAUGCUUUGAACUAAAGUCUCUGACCGUCCAUUGCUCACUCCUCUUCCCUCCCAAACCCUCCUGAAACACAGGGAGGGGCCCUCUCUAAAGUUUGCUUAUCUUUCUAAGGGAAGUUCCUGCAGAAAGAAUGCCAUUGCCCCUUCCCUAUCAUCUCAUAAAACAUGGAAGAUUAACUCACAGGAAAGGAGACUGAAGUUGAUACUAUCUAUUCUGAGGACUGGGCUACUUGAGAGAUUUUAUCUGCAUGAUAAGAUGGCAUUUGCUUGCCAUACAUUUCCUCCCCUCAACAACCCAUCAUUGUGGCCACCUCCUAGAAACCCUAAGCCCCAGUUUCUGGAGCUCAAAUGCUAUUUAGACUUCAUCAAUCUGGCCCUUACUUGUGUCGUAUUUUGUGGGACUCCUGUGCAUAUAUGUAAUAAAUUUGCAUGCCUUUUCUCCUGUUAA